CCUGCAGAGCGAUUGUCUAUAACAUUGAGAUAUUUAGCAACUGGUGAUUCAAUGCAUUCGAUGUCAUUUCAUUAUCUCGCUGGAGUAUCAACAAUAAGCCAUGUUAUAGGUGAGACAUGUGAUGCUAUAUGGAACUCUAUUCGUCAAGAAAUUAUGCCAUCAUCAAAAACUACAGAGGAAUGGUUAUAUCUUGCUAAAGAAUUUCAAGAGAAAUGGGAUUUCAAUCACUGUAUAGGAGCAAUUGAUGGUAAACAUGUUGUUAUUGAGUGUCCACCUAACGCAGGCUCGUCCUAUUAUAACUAUAAAAACAGUCAUAGUAUUGUGCUUCUCGGAAUCUGUGACGCGCAAUAUAUGUUCACAUUUGUCGAUAUUGGAGCCUAUGGUCGCCGCAGUGAUGGUGGUAUUUUUAAAGAUUCAAAGAUGGGUUUAAAAUUCAAUUCAAAGGAAAUGAAUGUACCUGCACCAGAACCUUUCAGCCCAGGUGGACCAUCUUUGCCAUAUGUUCUGGUGGGCGAUGAAGCCUUUCAAUUGACAGAUUAUUUGAUGCGGCCUUAUCCAGGAAAAGGCGGUUUAAACGACGAGCGAAAUAUUUAUAAUUAUCGAUUGAGUCGAGCCAGGAGAACAAUUGAAAAUACGUUUGGUAUCCUAGUCAGCCAAUGGAGAAUUUUGAAACGACCAAUCAAUUGUAGCAUGGAAAAAACAAUUUCAAUUGUGAAAGCUAUGGUAUGCCUUCAUAAUUGGAUUCGUCGGAGAGAUAUUGAUGAUGGAGAAAAUCAAUAUGUUACUCCAACACUAAUUGAUCAGGAAGAUGAUGACAACUUUGUUCCAGGCUCUUGGAGAGGUUGCAUAGAUAAUAGUGUAUAG